UGGGGAUGAGGAAAGUUCGACGUCCGAGGGCAGUAGCGGGACACACAGAAAGAAAGAAAAGUUAUCGUGUGCGCGACGUAGGUACGAAUGAAGAACCGCGUGACUCGGAAUCUGCGCAGUAAAUCGCGUUCACGUGAACGCGGACUCGAAGGCGCCGCGAAAUUCCCUGGCGCCCAACAACGCAACCAUUCGUCACGAGGAGGUGGAAACCUUUGAAACUCGAUCGUGUAUCACGAAUAUAACCGACUGUUUCGUUCCUCUCGUUUCAUACGUUUUUUUUUCCUUUUGUUUACUUCGUUUUGUUCCUGUACUCUUUGACUUUUGUCUUCCGAUAUAUACCUUGCUCGCGGUCUCGCUGGCUUAUUCCAUUCGUCUUUUAGCUUUCGUUCGUCGACCAAGCACCGAAGCCCCUUCUGCGAAAGACGUGGGCGACAUGGUGGCUUACGUAAUGCCCCGAGCGAUAAGACGGAUAACGCCGCGGCGGCUUCGAGCGCGCCACCGAAGCGGCGCCUCUAUUUUCGAACGCGCGAGUCACACUGGUUACCGCCUAACCGUACGCGUCGUGACACACCCGAAAAAGUCUUUCCAGGAUAAAAACGUCAUUCUUGUCGCAUCGUUCAUGAUGACCGUGUUUCAUGCGUUACUGCUCUAUUCGCGGUAUUUAAACACACGUUUAAUCAACUACGUCAACUUGUUAUUUUCUGAUCUAUCGAACCCAUAGCGAGUCAUCGAUGACGUUCCUAAGAAAAUUCGAUAGCCCGACUCUAUGAAAGCAGAUUGGUGCUUAUAAAAGGGCAGAGGGAACAUGUACAACGUUCGAAAUUCUCUCCACGCGUCUGUAGUGUGCGUGGCACCGCCUACGGAGACCGUCUGCUCGAGUCGUCGCCUUCCGAUCGAUCGUCAACGGUUCACCAAGGUGAAACGAUCCGAGUGACGAGCGGUGAGAGUUCCUUUGAUCGGUGACCCCUGAUUCUUCAAGGAUACGUCGUUACCGUGAUAUCAAGGUCAUUUACUAAGACGAACAAAAUCGUGUUCUUUCUUCCUACGUAUAUACCCGUUCGUCUUUUGCUUUCGAGUUGUUCGAACGAUCGAAUUGGCAAUAGAGAGAACUAUAUCACCAAGGUUGUGCCAUCGAGGGCCACGUGGUACCGGACGUCCAAAAUCUCCAUAGCGCGAACCGUGAUAACGUACCGAGAGGAACAGCGUGACUCAUCGGCCUACGUAUGCGAAACUAAACCAUCCUGCACGAUAUUAAAAUGAUGCAACGUUUUGCAAUUCACGCGUUAGCUCGAACGGGACGUUCCGCUUCUCGUGCGUUAUAGAAAGCUAUCACAGACCGAGGCUUGGCUCUCGUGAUGAUUCCUGGCGUAUAUCUCGAAACCACCGUCCUCGUCCCCGACUGUAUCGUUUUUAUCUGAAUUGGAGAUUCGCGCGACUCUACACUUCGUGUCUUUCUCUCUGUGUGUAUAUAUUUUACCGCGCAUGUGUUAUGUGUGUAUGGCGUCAAAGGACGAUCGAGGGGAAAAUAUUGGAGAAUAGCUUACUGCCAAAUUGAUACAGCGUAUUCCGAAGCUUAAACAGAUGGAAAACGUUCGUAUAAAGUUCAUAUCGUAUGUAAAUAAUUUAUUAUAGAAUUCAUUACGUGAAUUCUUUUGUCCCGCCGCUCUGUUGAUAAUAGAAUUAUUGCUUUAAUAUAUUUCUAUAGAAAUAACAAUUGCUUUCUUAUUAUUAUUAUUAUUACUGGUUAAUGGUUAAGAAUUCUCUUAAUCGGUUACUAUUAUCCGGUACCUACUUAGACGAUGUACGAAACUAAAAACCAUCGUACAACAUUACUCCAUAGGCAACUCUGGAUAAAUUUCUAGUACAAGUUUAUACGAAACUUUUCCAUCUGUUUAACCUCUACGAUGUAUCGUAACAAUUUCGUGCCAACCUAUUAAGCCGCAUCGUAUAUUAGCCGUUUGGAAAUCAUAUUGAUCGAGCGCACGUAAUUGGAAGGUACAGGAAAAUCGUAAAAACUGUGUACUUGAUAUUUAUCUUAGAAUUUACUGUUACUCGUGCCGAUUCUCUUGCGACGAAUAAACUUACGAAAGCGAGUCGGUUAUUUCUCGUGAAUCGAACAUUAAUCGUGCGCUCGUAUGAAUGGAAUUGCGAAACGGAAAGUGAAAUUAAUCGAUUUGUCUACCGAGAGACUCGCGUAUGCGCUCUUCGAUCUGUGCAAUCUGUCGAUAAUAAUCGAUCGUAACGACGUAAAAGAAGGCUUGUUUUUCACCGAGACAUGGGCAAACGACGGCAAUUGGCGUAUCAAAAACUUCGCUUCGCCAACGUUGGAAGAGGGGCGACGACUGGUGGUGGGGAGAUCUCACUUCGCAUGGUGGACGAGCAAGAUGGCGGCCCGGGUUAGAGACACGUGAGAAUCGCGUUGCCGCGUCACGGAUCCCCAAAAAAUACUCGCGUACGUAUCGAUAUCGAUACGAACGAUUUUCCUUCGACCAACGUGAACACAUCGACCUCGUCUCCUGAUCGAUCGCCGACUGCGAACUCGACUCGAGCUCUUUCAACCGAGGAUUAUGCAUCGUCCGCGUUUUCUUCGGUCGUUUCAACCUUCUCAUCCGACGACGUCGUGCGUGAUUCAGGAUUUGAAACGAAUCCAUGAUACCAGAGACCUACGAGACAGAGAAUCGGGAGGAUGCUGGUGGAAGUAUUUCGCACUGCCGCCAGCAAUGGAACGAAACUUAACGUGAACGAAGUGAUGCAGGCGGUGAGACAGAUCGCCGACGAUACUGAUGCGCAAGUCGGGCUGGAUCUGAUGGAGCACAUACCGCACGUGGUGACGAUCUGCCAUGAGACUCCCCACCUAUUCGACAAUAUUUUUCACAAUCAUCUCCUCGACAUCAUUAUUAGAUACUUACAAGAUCAAGACAACCAGGUACGAAUGAUGGCGCAGACAGCAGUGUUGACACUAACGAAGAAAGGACUCAUCGAUAACACCACGAUAGAGGGCAAGCUGUGUCCCGUUAUAGAAACCCUCUGUACGUCCGUCGAUUUCCUUAACUCUGGCAUCUCCCUCAUGUGCAAGAUGGCACCGCUCAUUGGCAAAGAGCUGACAGAAAAGAUUUUUCUGGACAGAUACAUCACCCUGUGCGAAGACAAGGAAUUCUAUACGAGAAAAUUCUGCGCGUCGCACCUUGGAGAACUUUGCGCCGCUGUCGGCAGGAAAACACUUUUUCGGAAAUUGUUUCCAAUAUUCGUCGACCUAUGCAGCGAUAAAGUGUGGGGUGUCCGGAAAGCGUGUGUAGACGUUAUGAUGCCAGUCUCAUGCUGCAUGACCCUUCAGCAUCGUCGAUUACUAUUGGCAGAGCUUCUGGCCACGCAUCUUAACGACGAGUCGAAAUGGGUGCGAAUGUCUGCCUUUCAAAUUUUAGGACCAUUCAUAUCCACGUUCGCGAAACAGUUUACCGAAGUAACUUAUAAUCAACACGGCGAGCUAGUGUUUACCAGCCAACAAGAUAAUCGUUUCAGUAUAAGGUACUCGUACGAGGGAAUAUUUCCUACUAAGUGCGCGAUACGAAGUCACACGCUCGACAUGGAGGACCAUAAUUCUAAGGAUAACUUCAAUUCAUCUGUGAUAAUACAAAAACCAAUUUUCGAAGACGACGAGGACGAAUCGCAAGAGGAUGACAUCUCCACAAUGAGAGCUUAUAAGUCGAAGAUACAAAGGAAACAUUUAAAGAACGACCAAACUCUGGACGACACGGAAAACUUUAAUUCGUUUCUAUACUACUACAUAGAGCCAGACCUUCCACUGGACGACGAGCUGGUCGAAGCUGCCAAAAGAUCCGCAGCGCAGAACAAUGUAGACCGGAAGCCGUUGAUCAGCACUACAGCGUCCAGUAAAGCGUCGUCGUUAGACGCUGCUUUAAAAGAAGACAAAUACGCAGCAGACGAUAUUAAGAAUUUCAACGAUCAAGAGAUCGUUCCUCAGCAUCUGAUCGAUUCGUUCUUGUCGAUGGCUGAGCCAGAACAAUGUUCCGGAGACAUGAGCCCCGGCGACAUUCCUCAUCAUUGCGCAUUUAGUUUUCCCGCUGUUGUACUCACAUUAGGAAGAGAAAAUUGGCCAUACCUGAAGCAAGCUUACCAGUCUUUGGCAAGCGCUAAUCAAUGGAAAGUGAGGCGCACGUUAGCCUCCAGUAUUCACGAAAUCGCCAUAAUUCUAGGGGAAGAACUCACUAUCACUGAUCUCGUACCGAUCUAUGAUGGAUUUAUCAAAGAUCUGGAUGAGGUCAGAGUAGGUAUACUCAAGCAUUUAGCGACCUUUUUGAAAAUACUCAAGCCUACCGUUCGGCUCCAGUAUUUACCAAGACUGAAGGAAUUUCUCACCACCGAUAACGAAUGGAACUGGAGAUUUCGAGAGGAACUAGCCACUCAAUUGUUGGACAUUGUGAAUUUGUUUGAUCCUGCAGAUGUUGACCGGUUUAUUGUGCCCCUGGCUCUCGAUCUACUACGCGACAAAUACGCUGCUGUGAGAUACGUUGCUCUCUCUUUGAUGACACAAAUAGUAGCACAUCUUUCUGACAACAGACGCCUUGUAAAAGCGCUAUUUCGAAAGCUCAAGUCUCUCGUUUACGCGAGAAAAUGGGUCAGAAGACAGACGUUUGCCUUUGUGUGCGCCAAUCUGAUUUCGAAAAACGCCAUUAGCGGGGAUAGAUUUUCGCAAGAAAUGUUACCUACUUUGUUAGAAAUAUCUUCCGACAAAGUACCAAACGUGAGACUAGUUGUGGCGAGGACUUUGUCAAAGAACGUUAUUCCUAUGGGAUCAGAAUGGUUGGGAGUGAAGCAGGCGGAAGAAGUAGAGAAUAGGCUGAGAGAAAUGAGAUCAGAUCCGGAUAGGGACGUUCGAGUUUUAGCCGGUGGUGAGGAAAACGCCGCAUUAGAUAUACUGUCGCAAACGAAAACUGAACAGUCGAGGAACAUAAUGUUUUAACGAACUCAGAUUUCGUGAGAAUCAAGUUCUAAUUAUUUCCUGCCAUACGAAUCAAUUUUAUACCGGACUGCCACGAAAGAAAAUGGGAUAAAAGAAAUUUCGUACGAAUGUUCUUCCAUACGUGAAUUAUCUUCGUAAAUGUAAGAAGGAAAUUAAUUGGAUGGAAGAGAUAAGAAUUUCGUUAUACCGAUAGAGAAUGAGAUGCAAGAGUUUCUUUAAAGAAUAAGUUGGUGUAUCUAUGAUGUAAAAAUGAGCUCAAGUUUUAAACAAAGAAACAAGACAUGUACCGUUUAGUGCAGUCAACAUAGAAAAAAAGUGCAACUUAGCGUUGUCGUUACGACCAAGGGACCGACAAUUUCCGCGCCCCUUUAGACUAAGACAGAUUAUAAGUAUCAAUGGUCAAAAGACAUUACGCAGUUAUAUAAGAGUGUGUGUGCAUGUUUAAAAGGAAGUGAACAUACACUGCCGCUAAGUACUAGGACACUUGUUUAAUUGUAAUAAAUAUCUGUAAAAAGUUAUGAAAUCAUUGCUGAAUUUUACUAAAUUUUAUGUAUUAUUUUGUACCGUAUUAGAGAAUAUAUUUUAACAAAAAUUUAUUAAAUUUUUCAUCAAUCAUAAUAAAAAUAUGAUUAUGUUAUCUUUCCAUCUAUCCAUCGAGUGCUUUUGUAACUGCAUUUACAAGUCUUAGUAGCUUGGCUACUAAUACUUUUUAUUGUUUCAGGCCUAAUAUUAUUCCAUUCCAUUUCGAAAUGUUCCUAUAAAUAUUCUUCCAAUUUGGGAUAUUUUAUUCGGAUUUUAUCUGAAUGAUCUCAUAAUUUUUCUAUGGGGUUCAAAUCAGGAGAUUGGUGGCCAUUCUAUUAUUUACACAUUAGAACUUUCUUGUAAGUGAUUUUUACAUAUUUUAAAAAAAUGUAUACGAUCCUUAACAUGCACAAAUAUUCAGUAUCGGAAAGGCACUAAUGUGCAGGAUGUUUUUUAAAAUAUAAUCUGUUUUUAACGAAUCUCCUGUUGUUUCCUAUACGUACAAUCUCGCCAUUUGAAUUCAACCAUUUCAAUUGUAGACUCAUUAAAAUCUUGCGGUGUCAACUUUUCUGGUACUUAGUUUAUGCCAAUAGCGACUGGCAUCUCUUCUUUAUCAUUAAUGUUAGAAACACUAUCUUUGACACUAUAAUGGUUUAUCGCUAUGGAAUUGUUUCCUUAUCUGAAAAUAGAUACAAGUAGUUUAAGGUGCAUAUUUCAUCGCAGCGGCCACGACAGACAGAAUGCUGUUAAUUUUACCUGUAGUUCAUUCUUAUCAAGGUCUAUAUUCGUGAAGAAAUUAUUGUCACUACCAUAAAGGAGCGAGUUACGUUUUAUCCUUAAUAAUAACUUUUUCACUGCCAAAAUCACAGAUGUUGACUUCUACAAGUCGCCUUUCUUACUAUGGCCAUUGAAAUUGUUUCAUUCUUAAUUGUAUUUAUUUCCUCAAUCGUUUCGGAGGCUGUUACUUUUAUUUCUCUUAAGCUUUCAAUAAAGCUUUGUAUAUAUAUGUUUUCUGGACCUCCCAGGUCUUUUUACAGACGAAUAAUUGUGUCCUACGCUGUUACCCGAAAUUUUAUCACGUUGUGAAUUUUUUUUCUCUAUAAAUGAAAGAAGAAAGUUUUAGAAACCGUCCACACAUAACAUAAUACAGCGUAGGCACACCGCAUAUACUUUUAAUUAUUUAAGUUCCUUAAAUAAUUAAAUUUUUCAAUUUUUAAUACUCUUAUAUAAAUAAUACUCUACCACAGGUUCAUUAGAAAUGAACAAAUGUCCUAAUACAUUCGCGCGGUAAUGUAUGAGUGAUUUAGUACUCUCGUGUAUGUAUGCGAUUACCAUUGUGAUCAAUUUGUAUUUGUAAGCGGUCUCUUGGACAAGCCGAAUAUUAAUUAAUAGAGAUAUCGAAUGAAGGCGGGAUCUCUUGUUCUUUAGUAAACAGUCAUAGCACGUUUUCUUCAGCCUCGCAAUCAUUGUUAUCGCCUUUGCUCCAAUAUUAAUUUUCGGUUAUCGAAUUAAAAAUUAUUCCGAAAUAAUUUCUGCGAUCAGAGGAAUUUACUUUGUAAUUUUAUACCGGUUGGAUGACUCAAGUUUUCGUGCUAUGAUUCAUAAACUGUAUUCAUUAAUAAAUACUCUUACGUUGAAGGAAUGUAAUGUGAGAACUUCGUGACUGUCAAGAGCAAGAAGGAAAAAAAAGAGAAGAAAUUUAUAUUGGAUCCUCUGAUCAUCGCGAAGUGGUAAAUCGUAUUGGAGUUCAUUCGAUUCAAAUUGCUUGUAUUUUGUAUAUAUCAUUUAAUCGUUUCGUGGAGAUACGGUGUGUAACGAAAUAUGGAACGAGGUGUACAAUGGAUCGUUUACGAAGCUAUUUUUGGUGAGGUUAUGUGGAAUAUUCUGCGCUCUAUAUUCGCAAUCAAAGAUAGCUCUACGAUCCUACAACAAAAUUAUUCUGAACAACAAUCUGCAAAUUUUAGUCUAUAAGACCGCGAUAUGCGUCUCUUGACACGGUGGUGCCUGAUUAGACGUGAAAAACUGUGCUUACGACCGUCCCGCGUUGCGUCAAUUUCACGACUUUAUAACUUACCGAUUUGAUGCAACCGGGGUGACAGUUACUGUGAUCUUUGCCUACGCGUGAUCACGUAGGUGAAUGUAUAUCAUUUCAUUGUAGAUACGUAAAUAUUGUAAACACUUUGAUUUUUGUUAACCCGUUCCAGCUCUCCGAUAUAUGGUAAGGAUUUUUGUUAACCCGUUCCUUCUCUCCGACUUAAAUUAAGGGAUUACGAUUUACACAAGAAAUGUUUCGAGAGCCUUACAUUUAGAAACUUUUUAGCGAUUUGUAUAUUAAAUACCACGAAAAUGAAAUCAUGUUUAUACGAUUUACACGAUAAUCCUAGGUUAUAAGCAACAAAAUAUGAACGAGGAGAAAUGAGUGGCUGUUGAAUAAAGGAUAUGUAGAAUAAGAGGUUUAACGAGUGUAAAAAAGAAAAUAUGUAUGGACCGUAGACAAAGGAAUACAAUGUGAUCCGAUGAAUUAUGUGAUUGUACAUUUACGAAACAAUUGUUAUGGAAUGGUACCACAAGAUAUUUGUGAGUAACCUCAAUAUUUUAUCCACGGUCGCUAAUAUUUUGUGAUGUUUUAAAUUAAAGAAAAAAGCAAAAGUGAAAUACUGCGUCAUAGUUGACUCUUUGUGAAAACAAUAAUUGAGAUACAGUAAAAAAAAAAAAACGAAUUUCGCUUAAGCAACGAAAACUCGUUACUUGUGAACACGUAUGAAGAAAAGAAGUUUUGUUUAAGAUAUUCUAUAUAAUAUAUUGUGUAUUUGGUAAUGAAACGAAAAAAAUAUACAUCAUGUGAUUUGUUACACAACA